GCUGCGCAGCGAACGUUUCCGGCAGACUUCAAGUUCGGUGUUGGAACCUCGGCCUACCAGAUCGAGGGAGGCUGGAAUGAGGACGGCAAAGGGGAAUCGAUCUGGGACCAUCUGGUGCACAACCACCCGGAAAAGAUUGCCGACGGAACGAACGGAGAUGUCGCGUGUGACAGCUACCACAAUUGGCGCCGUGAUGUGGAGAUGAUCCGGGAGCUUAGUGUGGACAUCUACCGCUUUUCGCUCUCCUGGAGCCGCAUCCUGCCAACGGGGAUCAGCAACCAUGUCAACCAGCACGGCAUUGCGUACUAUAAUAAUCUUAUCGACGAACUGGUACGGUACAACAUCACGCCCAUGGUGACACUGUUCCACUGGGACACACCGCAGCGUCUGCAGGAAAUGGGUGGAUUCACGAAUCGGUUGAUCGUGGGACACUUCCGCGAGUACGCUCGGAUCGCGUUCGCCGAGUUUGGCGACCGGGUUAAGAUUUGGACCACUUUCAACGAACCACCGCAAACGUGUCGCCUUCCGUACGAGUACGACUCGAUGGCACCGGGUUACGACUUCCCGGGGAUCUACACGUACCUCUGUAGCCACCAUUUGCUGCUGUCCCACGCGGAAGCGGUCCAACUGUACCGGACGGAGUUCCAGCCUACCCAGGGAGGCCAGAUAGGCAUUACGGUGGACGGAUCGUGGGCUGAGCCGAUUUCCGAGGAUGAACGAGAGGCCUCGGACACGACCAUGCAGUAUCUGUUCGGUAUCUACAUGCAUCCGAUCUACUCCGAAACCGGCAACUAUCCGCCGGUGAUGAUCGACCGCAUCGCCAGGCUUAGUCGCGAGCAGGGCUUCGCCAGGUCGCGGCUUCCCGAGUUCACCGCCGAGGAGAUCGCAAAACUGAAGGGAUCGUCCGACUUCUUCGGCUACAACGGGUAUACCACCAAUUUGGUGUACGCGAACGAUGAGGCGAACUCGGCCAACAUGCGGGUGCCUUCGUUCGAUCACGAUCGCAACACGGUCGAGUACCAGGACGAUCGCUGGCCAUCGACGGGUUCGGACUGGCUGAAGGUGUACCCUCGGGGUAUGUACAACGUGCUGAGCUGGAUACGGCGCGAGUACAACAAUCCGCCCGUUUGGGUGACCGAAAACGGGGUCAGCGAUUUGGGUGGGACGCGCGACGUCCGGCGGGUGCAGUACUUUAAGGACUACCUGAACGCGAUUCUCGAUGCGAUCGACGAUGGGUGUGAUGUGCGCGGCUACGUGGCCUGGAGUUUGAUGGAUAACUUCGAGUGGCGCGCGGGUCUCAGCGAACGGUUCGGGCUGUAUUACGUCAACUACAGCGAUCCGGGACUGGCUCGGUACGCAAAGUCGUCCGCGCGGGCAUUCGGAAAUAUUGUGCGCACCCGAAGCAUCGAUCAGGACGAUAUGCCCGAACCGGAGAUCUACAUCCCGGGGCCGGACGAUGUGGAUACCACUACUACGAGCGUGUCAGGUGAAAUCACCACGGAGAACGAUGACGAUGGAGCCGCCGAGAUGCUCUUCUCGAAGCUGCUCAUUGUCGUAUGCUUCGCGAACUUCCUGUUGCGAAUUUAA